AUGUCAGAAAUUUCUGAAAACUCAAGUUCUAUUAAUAAUGAUAAUAUAGAUAGGGAUGUGACAACUACUACCCAGGAUGAAGCGGAAUCUCUGCCCAGCAAUACUAACUUUACGCUUUUAUAUGGAAAACUUUGUGAUGCAAUAAUUCUUGCUGAUCGUAAAGCCCAAGAAGCUAUCACGUGUUAUUGCCUAUUUGGAAAGGCUAUUAUUCAGAGACGUAAUGAAAUAGCAUCGGAAAGACAAGUUGAUCCAGAAUCCAAUACUGUUAGUAGAAUUUUAAAUAAAGAAGUAAAAGCACAGUUACCUGCAGACACUUCUGAUAGCCUUUUACGUAAGAGAAUCGAAAAAGCAAAGAAGCUUUAUAAACUUUUUGAUGCAAUAGAUAAUGUAUCCUUUGAUUAUAGCAUUGAUGUGAGCCUGCCUCUGGCUGAGUUACGGGAUGAUGAGAAAAGUUCUGUAACCCAACUUUGUGAACCGGAUUCACGAAGUGAUCAGCAAAAUUCUUGUGAGAAGGAAAAUAAAAAUUCAGAAACAUCUACUUCCUCUAUCCCGUUGUCUAAUACGAAUAGUACUGAUGCGGUUCCAGGAAGAAUGCCAGACUAUAACUAUUAUCGAAACUUGUGGUGGGAUAAGGGAGAAUUUAAUGAAAAAGCGAAAUGGGAAGAAGUAGCCCUACCGUAUGUACUUGCUACGGGCAUCACCCUAGAAGAUUAUGAAGAACUUGUUAUUGACGCAGUUACUAGGAUGUUAUUGCAUCAAUGCGAUGCCGUUGCUUUUACCGAUGCUGAGAUUGAUAGUUUAGGUGCUACUAGAACACGUGACAUAAACCGUGGAAAAGAAGCAGAUCAAUCGUUUCGUCCGAUAAAACCAGCCGUAACUGCACCAAAUGGGUGCGAUGGAAAUGAUCUCCCUUGGCCAAAUUUGGUUGUGGAAGUAGCCUAUACUGAAACAUUAGCUCAUGUUGAAGAAACGUUGCGCUACUGGUUAAGUCCUGGUCGCGCCCAUGAUUGUAUUAUUAUAAAAAUCGAUCCGAUUCCCCAAGGCCAAGUACCGGUCCGUAUGAGGGCUUGGCAUUACUGUGUCUCAGCAGGUAGAGGAACGAGAAAUACAGUUCCUCUUGUAACUACGUUUGAAUUUGGAACUCAAGAUGGCACGGGAACUGCAACAAAUAUUAAUCAAGGUCAAUGCAUUAUUAACAUAUCAUUAAGCUGUCUUUAUCAUGAGUUGAAGCCUCCUACCCAAAUCCCUCAAAAUCUUCCUGAUCCUAUCCCACUGGAUUUCUACUUUGCUCAACGUGCCGUCACACGAGCAUUUAACAUUCACUAG